AUGUUGUCAAAUAAAACAUCUUCAGCCGUUCGUUCGGCUAUCAAUGCUCUUCAACAUUAUAAAGUUCUCAAUAUUUUAACAAAUGAUUGUUUUGAAAAAGCUCUUGAAACUGAACAACAACUUUCGAUUGAAAAGAAAAACAAUUCACCAUUAUAUGGUCGUCCAAUUCUAAUAAAAGACAAUUUUUGUUUGCGUGAUACAUUUACAACAUGUGCUUCCAAAAUGUUAGCUAAUUUUCGUUCACCUUAUACAAGUACUAUUGUACAACGAUUAAUUGAUCAUGGUUGUAUUAUUAUGGGAAAAGCAAAUAUGGAUGAAUUUUCUAUGGGUGUAGCAAGCUGGGGUGCAUUUGGACCUGUAGCAAAUCCUUGGAGUUUAACAAAGACAAAGAUAAUAAGUGAAGCAAACAAUAAAACAUUAUUGCAUAUAGCUGGAGGAAGUUCAGGUGGAAGUGCAGCUGCUGUGGCAGCAAACUUUGUAUCAAUAGCUCUUGGGUCAGAUACAGGUGGAUCAAUAAGAAAUCCAGCUGCACGAUGUGGUUGUUAUGGAUUUAAACCCUCAUAUGGUUUACUUUCACGAUUUGGUAUGGUUGCGUUAGUCAAUUCUUUUGAUUCACCUGGGUUUUUUGCUCGAAAUAUUGACGAUUUAAUUUUUGCAACAAAUGCUGUCGCUGGUCCUGAUGGUGCAGAUGCAACUCUACUAUCAAAACCAUUUGAACAAUUUAAAACAUCGAAAGAACUAUCAAAAGAAAAAGAAAAGAUUAUUAUUGGUUUACCUGAUGACUAUGAUAUCAGUAGUUUAUCAAGUGAAUAUCGUUCAUGUUGGCAAGAUUUAGUUCAUCAAUUAACUGAAACUGGUCAAUUUACAUUUAAACGAGUACAAUUACCAUAUACACCUUAUUCAAAUGCAGCUUAUACAAUAUUAAGCUCAUGUGAAAUUGCUUCAAAUAUGGCUCGAUAUGAUGGUAUUAAAUAUGGUAUUAGAUCAAGUGUUUUAUUUUUCUUAGUCAAUAGUGUACUAUUGAAUAUUUCAGGUUAUCAUACAAAGAAUAUUGAUGAAAAUAGAGAUACGUAUGAAGAUAUUCUAAAGAAAACACGUGAUGAAAGUUUGGGUGAACGAGUUCGUGGUCGUAUUCUAGCUGGAAAUUAUUAUUUACUUGAAGAGAAUUAUGAUAAAUAUUUUGUUCAAAGUCAACGAGUAAGACGUGGUGUCAUGAAUGAUUAUAAGAAAGUAUUUGAAGAAGAUAAGAUUGAUUGUUUAUUAUCACCAGUGGUUUCCAAUGAUCCAAUAACACUUGCUGAAUAUGAGCAAGCGGAUGAUAUAUUUAGUGAAGAUGAUAUAUUUACUGUUGGUACUAAUCUAGCUGGCCUGCCAGCACUUAGUUUUCCAGUUCGAUUAUCAAGUCAAGGAUUUCCUAUUAGUCUUCAAUUGAUUGGUCCAUUUAUGAAAGAUCAAGCACUUCUUUCGAUAGCUCAUCGUAUUUGUUCGACAUAUCAAUUUCCUUUUCUUGAUCUUACGAAACAAAACUAG